GUGGAAGAAAGAAUAGUGGACUUGUAGAGCUAAAGGUACAACUCUUUGACGAGCGACAAGAAUAAGAGGCGCUCCUGCAGUUACUGCAGUGCUUAUCCGUCCUAGUAUAUGGUCCGAAAAAAUUACGGCGAGAUAUUAUUGUUCCAAUUUUGUCUAAUCAACUUUUCCUUCACGGCCACCCAAAAAUAUCUGAGAAAAUCAUGACUACCGCAUCGUGAUUAUUUUUGUGUAUCUUUUCUCGUCGACAACGACACGACUGCACCACGUACUUCCUGUUUGGUACGUUCGAACGUGUCAACAGUUUUACCCCAGGAGCGUCAAACUGGGAUGGACAAAAUUUUAUUUGGAAGAAAAAACGUAUUCACGGCAUUUGUGUAGUAAACAAAGGCGAACCGCAUUCAUCUUCACCGGACGACAAGAAAACCGUUUCAACAGUUGCGACCCCGGCUUCACAGACGAGAACCGCCCACGACGACGACAACGACGAGCGACGAUAGGCAGAACCAUGGCUGACCAGAAAGAGAAGCUGAGAAAAGCGGGACAGGAUUUGCAGAGGCUCCUGGCUACCGCGUCACUUUCUGCCACCCGGGAGGUAGUUCCAACUUCGUCGUGCGAGCGCGCGGGUGGUUCAGGGGACGGAGUUGCGGGUUCUCGGCAAGAUGUGGUGCAGCUUGAGGCGUCCAUACUAUCGGAAAAUAAGGUAUAUGGAGCACAGCUAGAUGCUGCGGGCACGAGGACUAAGCACCGACUCGGCGCGGGUUCCGCGCAGAAAAGGCACAAGGAUUUGAAAUCAUCCGACAAGUUGCAGAAGAUGCUAAAGAAAAAGCAGAAGAAAAGUAAGAAGACGAAGAUCAGUGCCAAGGAGUACCGGGAACUGAAAGCCAUGGGGCUCCUGCCCGAGAACGCCGAUAAUUAUUCUGCAUCUGAAAUAACCGAAUCUUCGGACUCCAGUAGCGACACAAGCUCCGAUGAAAAUGAAGCAUCAAAGGGCAGCGCUUCUCGUCGCCACAAGAAGCGGAAACAGCGUAAGAACACCAGCGACAGCGGUAGUAGCAGCAACAGCUCUGGUGCUUCAUCUUCUAGCGAAUCGUCUGCAAGUGACGACUCUUCUGAAGAUGACCAAGAGCAACACGAUGAGAAACAUUCCCGCAAAGACGACGCGAAAGAAUCUUCCCUGCAGGUGGAAGACGCACAGCAAAACUCGAGUACAACAGCUAGGACCCCCAGCAAAGCUCCCCGAAAUAUGAAAGACCGGGAUGAGCUACGUGCGUCGUACAAGCUGCCCCUGGAGAAGAUGGUCGGAAACACGAGGUUCUUCCGGCAACACGAUCCCCGAGACGAGCUGACGGAGGCGCGGAACCAGCGGGCCCUGAUCGAAAUGAAGGAAUUCCUCGUGGAUCUCGACCGGAAUCGGCAAGCCGCGUUGGAGGAGCAAAACCGGGUGGCAGCGGAGGAAUGGACCAAGGAAUGGCGGCGACAUGAACCGGAAUCACCCCUUUUCUACGACAACGCAAGGCACCGGAGGCCGGAGGGAUGGAAAAAUGAUAGUAAGGCCGGCGGUGUAGAAGAAGGCGUAGGAGAAAGUUCGUUAUUUUUCUCGGCUUCCUCGAAUGAAAAGAGUUGUAGUAUUAAAUCAGCAGACGUCAUCGGAUUAGACUACCUUCUUGGUCUCCAGAGUAUAGAUGGAGUAGAUGCGAAGAAACUUCAGCCUGGUAAUUGUACCUCUGGAAAUAAGGGGUCCACUGAAAAGGAAAACCCAACUUCGAGCGACAUUUUCGCAGUACCGGACGGUUCCAUCUUUUCGAAAGUUUUUCCUCCUGCGUCUACCUCUACUUCCACCGCAAGUGGUUGCGAAAGCACCGAUGCGGCAGCAAAUAAGGACAUUAAAAAUGCGACUGGUGGACAAGAAAAUUUUCCCGGAGCAACGCCGUCUACUUCGCUGCAGAC